AGGAGAUUAGAUGAGCGCUAUAAAAGCGUCCGGCAGACACACUGGACACCAGCUGAAACCGAGACACAGAAGAAGAACCAGAAACUCCAGCAGACAGUAAGUGGCAGACAUGGACGUACCAGCACCUGUUGAGAAGAGAGGACCCCCAAGGUUCAAGCAGAGGACCGCUCGCACUUUCAAGAGCAAGGCUCCCAAACCCGGACAGAAAGGCUUCGGAGACGACAUCCCUGGAAUGGAGGGUCUUGGCACAGACAUCACGGUGAUCUGCCCCUGGGAAGCUUUCGGCGACAUGGAGCUUAGUGUUCUGGCCAAAUAUGGGAUCUUGUAGCCACCUCAUCCAUCCUCCUGCUCUCUUCCUGAGAUCAUCCAUCAGCCAGUAUCACUAGUUUAUAGAAUCGUCCGUUCACGUCAAGACUGAACCGGCAGCAGUCGCUCUCAGGCCAACACACAAAGAAGAUGGGAUGUGAUCAAUAGAUUGGGGAAAAUAAGGACAGUAACUCUUUCACCACAAGGUCUGGCUCUUCACUGGAGCUCUUAGGAGGAAUCAAUCUCACAGCCACAAUAUCAUUCAGUCUCGCUUUCCUAAUGUGGUAGAAAAAUAAAGAACUGUUCAAAUCAA